AAUGUAGAAUAUAGGUUAGGUUUUUGUAAGAUGGUUUCAAAAUAAAGCAUAUAUUUGGACAUUUUUAAACUGUAUAUUUGAGUCUAUAAAUAAAUCUGGCUUAAUUGUUAAAUACUAUUUUGCUGUAUCUAUCAUAAUUCAGAUUUAUUACAAUGGUUCAACAAAAUGAAUUUCAAGCUGUGGUACUUGCUGGUGGCAAAGGUUCUCGCAUGACAGAACUUACUGCAGGGAGGCCAAAAUGUCUAUUACCAAUAGCAAAUAUGCCAAUGAUAUGGUACCCACUGAAACUUUUAGAACAAUCAGGAUUUACAGAAGCAAUUGUUGUUGUAUCAGAAUGUGUGAAAUCAGAUGUUGUUACAGCUGUUGAUAAGCUUAAUCUGAACAUCAAAGCUGAAAUAGUUGGAGUUGCAGAUGCAGAGGAUAUAGGCACUGCUGAUUCUCUUAGACUGAUUCAUGAGAAAAUCCAUUCUGACUUAGUGGUUGUAUCGUCUGAUUUGAUUGCAAAUAUUGAUUUAUCCGAGACCCUGAACCUGUACAGAAAGCACAAUGCUAGUUUGACAGCAUUGAUUCUUCAACCAGCUAAGACACCUCAAGAUUUUGUGCAACCUGGCCCAAAAAGCAAACAGAAAGCAGAGAGAGAUUUGAUUGGCAUUGAUAAUGAAACUGGUCGUAUGGUCUUUCUUGCUUCAGCUUCAGAUUUUGAAGAAUCUAUAAAAAUGCCUGCAAAGUUAUUGAAAAAGCAUUCUAAUUUCACUGUUUACUCAAAAUUGUUGGAUGCACAUUUAUAUGUGAUUAACAAGUGGGUUUUGGACUUUUUAGUUCAUCAUAAAAAUUUUAGUACCCUGAAAGGUGAACUAUUGCCGUACAUAGUUAAAAAACAAUUGGAUAAACCCAAAAGUGUUUCUGAGGAUAAAAAUGCAUCUGUUGUAAAAAUGGAUACAAAGAAGGAUGUUUUUAGAUUCGCAUUAGAAAAACCUUUUGAUGCGUUAAUAAGAAGCAUGUCAUCUUUCAAUGAUCAUGAAACAGAUUUAGAAGACGCAUAUCACAAUGACAUCAUUAAAUGUUACGCUCAUGUCAUGAAUGGGAAAUUUGGACUGCGUGCUAAUACAUUACAAAUGUACAGUUUGGCUAACGCAGUGGUGAAUGAUUGGUAUGAAAUGAAAAAAGAAGGUGAUUUGCCAUGUUCAAGCAUUUCUCAAAAUGCUACAGUAAAGAGUACACAAUUACAAAGUUGCAGAAUUGAUGAAAAUGCAAUUGUCAGUGAGAAAACUUCUUUAAAACAAAGUUAUCUUAGCAAUAAUGUUGUGGUUGAACCUAAAACAAGAAUAUCUAAGAGUGUUAUUAUGAACAAUGUAACAAUUAAGGAAAGAUGUGUGAUUGAGAAUUGCAUCAUUUGCAAUGGAAGCACCAUUGAAGAAGGCACACAGUUGAAGGACUGCUUAGUAGGGGCACAGCAUGUGGUACCAUCUGGAAGUAUCCACAACCGUGAAGUUUUGACCGAUAUUGAUAGGCUAAUGGAAAUUUAAUAAAAAUAUAUAUUUUUAUUUUAAAGUUUACUGCAAUUGUAAUUAUUACAUCACUGAUUAUCUUCAUUUUGUAUAUAUAUAUAUAUAUAUAUAUAUAUAUAUAUAUUUUAGUUUGAUUUUAUAAAGAUAAUUGAAAGUUCAUAUAAAUAAACCAUUUAUAUUUUAC